AUGGCUUCUGUUGCAUCUUCGAAUACCCUCAAAUCGCAUACAUCUCCCUCGAAACCCUCUUCUACUCGGACUUAUGAUGCAAAGCUCGUUUCACGAGAAAUGCACCGCCUCGGGACCCUCGCAGGUCUUAAUCCCAGCAUUGCCCCCUCAUUAUCCACAGGUCCUGUUGCACCUCCUCUCGCACUCGCACCAUCAACCUCGCCAUCCAGUGGCGGUAUUGCAAUUGCUCCUACAAUUCAUUCCAGCGCGUCAAGUGUGGGUAUGACGGACAAGGACAAUCCCUGGCGCACACUACAUGUGCAUGUCCUUCCCCUGUUCAAUGAGGAGCCAUUACGCAUACCCAUAGAAGACCUCAACGCCCUUGUACGGCGGCAUAUCCAAACCGUACUAGCUGUAUCCCCUUCGAAAACCUUGGCGACUCUCGAAACGGACGCGCGCGAACUCAUUGCAGCAGGCAUGGUCACUCUCAACGCCAAGCUCUCUAAUAUUUCAGACGAAAUACUACUGGGCCGUGUCACUGAAAUCUGGGCCUUUUUCUGGGACCAAAUACUCCCAUAUGUCGAAGGGGUCUUAUUACCAUUGCAAACCGAUCCUUUACUGACUUCGUUGCAUCGUACGCAAAAACAGCAUCGGACCUCUUCGCCUACGCGACAAGGCAGUAAACUGAAUGGCUCAUUAACGCUAUCUUCGCUAUCUCCGACGAUUGAUGUUCGCAGCGUUGCUUUAUGUGCGUUUCGUGAUCGUGUCGUGCUUCCUGUGCAUGGCCGUCUACAGAAUCUGCUGUCCCCUCCUUUUGGGAAAGACAUGCUCGCACGGUUAAGUCCCUUCCGCCAACCGAGAUUACAGCAGAUGUUGUUAGUCCUUACAUCUGAGCGGCGCGUCCGCUCUCCCUCUCCACCCCUUUCACUACACGCACCUGUUAUGCAGCCUUCGGCAGGCGAGGCAGCAAUCGAGUCUCUGCUCCGCCUAGUCUCAAACCAGCAGCGGCUUUCGCAUGGACAAGGUCUCGCACCUCGGGCAGCCACACCCAGUUUCCUGUCUGCUGGGCGCCCACGUGAUCGACGAGGGCGAAUUGGUUCCUCCGGGGCGGCGAGUGUACUUGGGAUUGUCGGUGGGUGGGCAACGAUGCCCGCACAGACAGAUGAGCGGCAGGAAGAGGAAGAGGGUGGAGAGACUCCGAAAAUUGGGGGGAUUGAUAAGGGGCUGACAAAGCCGUACCACCAGCGUGGGGGUGGGUGGGGUCUUGGAGCUGGGAACGAAGACAUUAUCAGGCCAGUUGAAGAAGACGACGAUGACGAAGCCUUAGACUGGGCACAAGCUCAGGCUGCGGUCGAGAGGAUGGUAGGGGUAAAACCCAUUGAAGGCGUUGCUGAUUCACGCAGAAGGGCAACUUAGUUGAUGUAACUAAAACAUGUCUUCGGUGUUGAUUAUCUGUGUACUGAUACUGUCUAUGCCUUGCCAUGGGUAUGGCCGCUUCUCGUAUUUCGUGUUCCUAUUUGCCCUAAAGCUGAUAUUCCGCACGAAGAAUACCUAGGAACCUAGAAAGGAGUAUUAGUUGAAACUUCAUUCGACAUAACAUUCCUGAGUUUGGUUUAUUGUU